UAGAAGCAAAUUAAUAUCGAGAGCUAGAAUAUAGCUAUAUCACACACAUAAAACACAUACAAGGAGUAUACGUAGUACUAUAUAUAUAAAAACAGAUUUUGUGUAUAGUUAUUAUUACUUGUUGAGCAAUAAUAAUAUAUAAAAUAUAUAUAUAGACAGAUAUAUAUAUUCGAUCUCGAAAUGGAAGUGGUUAUUGAAAAGUUUGGUAAUAUUAAUAAUAAGAUGAAGAAGGGUGGAUCAUCAUCAGGAAAGAUGUUUACAGUUUUGAGCAUUGAUGGAGGAGGGAUUAGAGGAGUUAUCCCGGGAACACUUCUGGCGUUUUUAGAGGAAAAACUACAAGAAUUGGAUGGAGAAGAAGCAAGACUUGCUGACUAUUUCGAUGUAAUCUCAGGAACAAGCACGGGAGGCCUAGUGACCACCAUGCUUGCGGCCCCGAACAAAGACAACCGACCUUUGUUCGCGGCCAAAGACAUCAACAACUUUUACAUGGAACACACACCUAAGAUCUUCCCCCAAAAUGACAACGCCAGCUUUUUCAAAAGCAUUACAUCCAUCAUGGACACACUCACCGGUCCUAAAUACGACGGCAAAUAUCUUCACACUCUUCUCAACAACUUGCUCGGAGACCUUACUCUCGACCAAACCCUAACUAACAUCGUUGUCCCCGCGUUCGAUAUCAAGCUCAUGCAACCAGUCAUCUUCUCUACAAACCAAGGAAAAGCAAAGCGUUUGAAAAACGCUCGACUCGCAGAUGUAUGCAUAAGUACCUCAGCGGCUCCUACCUUUCUUCCUCCACACAGUUUUGAAACAAGGGAUCGCAAAGGAAAUACACGCUGCUUCGAUCUUAUAGAUGGGGCAGUGGCGGCAAACAAUCCAACGAUGUUGGCCAUAAGCCAAAUGUUGAGAGAAAUGACAAAGAAAAAGAACUCAUUAGGGGAAUUGAUGAGAUGCGAGGAUGAUGAUGAUCAACAAGGGCAAGCGACUACUCCACCGUUGACUCCUAGGUUGGAUGGGAAAAAUAUGCUAGUACUAUCGUUGGGAACAGGAUCAGCAAAGGUUCAAGAGAAGUACAAUGCAAGUAGGGCAUCCCAAUGGGGUCUCUUAAGUUGGGUAUUCGACAAUGGCAACACACCCCUCAUUGAUAUUUUUGGUGAUGCUAGUUCUGAUAUUGUUGACUUUCUUGUCUCCACUCACUUUCAAUCUCGUCGUCAUAGAAACAAUUAUCUACGUAUUCAGGAUGAUACAUUGGUUGGGGCAGAGUCAUCCGUAGAUGUAGCCACUACUGAGAAUCUUCAAAGACUUGUUGAGAUUGGAAAUAAACUAUUAGAGAAGCCAAUUUCAAGGGUUAAUUUGGAAACUGGAAAGUAUCAACCUAUUCAAGGAGAGGGCACCAACGCACAAGCUCUCACUCAUUUUGCCAAACUUCUAUCCCAAGAAAGGAAACUUAGAUUAUCAAAUAACAAAAAAUAAAUAAAUCAUAUAUAUUAUGAUUAAUUUGUUCGGUUUGAUCUUUUUAUUGCUGUAAUUGAGGUUAAGAAAUUUAUGUAUUUCUAAUUCAUUCUUUAAUUCUUUAAUUCAUUUUUUUAAUCUUUAAUAAUAAUAUUUUAAGCGGAUCAUGCAAUUAGCUCCAUA